AAAACUAUCGUCAACUAUAUAAUGAGGUAAAUUUUAGUGCAUUUUUUAGUGCCCGAUUUUUGUGUCAUUUUGCGCCCAAAAUCUUUUGGGGCCAAGCAGCACCCGCAACUCACAAAACUAAGCUAUAAAUAGCUCGUAAUAGGUCUAAUUAAACUAAGUCAUAGGUUAAACAGCAACACCAAGUCAAUUCACCAGCUUCAGCCUUUGUCGCACAAGCAUAGUGUUUAUGUUUACAUAAGCAGAUAGCAAGCAUCCAAGGCAACAACAACAAUAACAAGAACAACAGCAGUAACAGCAAUGACAACCAAACUACAAGAGGGCAUCCUGGUGGGUUGCGGCAAUCCACUGCUGGAUAUAUCGGCACCGGUUCCUAUGGAAUUUCUGCAACGUUAUGGAAUGAAAGAGGACGAUGCCAUUCUGGCCGAGGAUCGACACAUGCCCAUCUAUCAUGAGCUCGUCGAUGGCUAUCAGGCGGAAUAUUUGGCUGGUGGCUCCGUGCAGAAUUCGUUUCGCAUCGCCCAAUGGAUAUUGGGACAGCCGAAUGUGGCCGUCUUCUUUGGAUGCGUAGGCAAGGAUAGAUAUGCGGAUAUCUUGAGGCAGAAAGCACGCGAGGCCGGCGUCAAUGCGCAUUAUCAGAUCAGUGAAGAGACGCCCACUGGCACUUGUGCGGUCCUCAUCACUGGCACUCAUCGUUCACUGUGCGCCAAUUUGGCGGCAGCCAACAGAUUCACAAUCGAUCAUUUGGAGCAGCCAGUCAACAAGUCGCUGAUCGAAAAUGCCCUCUACUACUAUAUAUCGGGCUUCUUCUUGACCGUUAAUCCGCCCAGCAUAAUGCGAGUGGCCGCCACCGCCCAUGCCAAGCAGCGACCGUUCCUAAUGAACCUCAGCGCACCAUUUAUAUCGCAAUUAUUCAUGCAACCGCUGCUGGAUGUUAUGCCCUAUGUGGAUAUCAUAUUCGGCAAUGAGGCGGAGGCGAAGGCUUUUGCCACGGCACAAGGCUGGGCCGCCGAUGAGGAUCUGCGUGAGAUUGGCAGGCGUCUGGUUGCACUGGACAAAUUGAAUUCAGCGCGACCACGCAUUGCGAUACUCACGCAGGGCUGUGAUCCCGUGCUGCUCAUCCAGCACGACGCUCCGGUCCAGGAGUUCCCAGUUACACGUUUGGCGGUGCAUGAAAUUGUGGAUACCAAUGGCGCUGGGGACGCAUUCGUUGGCGGGUUCCUGUCGCAGUUUGUGCAGGGAAAGUCGCUAGAUGUUUGCAUACGCUGUGGUAACUAUGCGGCCGGUCAUAUAAUCAAGAAUCCCGGUUGCACGUAUAGCGGAGAUCCGCACUUUGUUGAUCAAUAAUCAUCAAGGAUGGAAACGCGGACACACACACACACACACACACACAUCUGCAUACAUACACUACACUACAAAACACAACAGCCAGAAACCUUUAAAAGUCAUUAAGCAUUUGCAGUAACUGCAAAUAAGUUCAAAGAAUGACUAAGACAAUUUUGUUAACACUAAUAAAUAAUUAAUUGUA